CGCCAGCCACCGCAGCCGGCAGAGCGGUGGGGAAGAACCGGUGCACCCAGCUGCCACCCCGUCGGGGCCACGGGGCCGGGGCGGGAGCCGUGCCGCUGUCCGCGGUGCUGACGGGAGAGGCCGCGACGGGGCGGGGGAGGAGGGAAUAGCGCGAGUCAGCAGCCAGCUCUGCCACACGUCGUUUUCCCUUAAAGUAGAGGGGCAGAAUAACCCACCCCUCCUAUUGGAUUUGCAAGUGGCCGGGCACAGAUGUGAACAUACUGCGUGUUCUUCAAUAUGACUUCACUUGGGAUUAUAAAAGGAAGAAGGACGAGACCAGGACUUCUGAGAUUAUGCUUUGGAACAGAGCCCAAGCAGGAGACAUGACUGUCAUGUUUGACCAUAGUACGGACAACAACAACGUUUCUUUUGUUCUCCCUACAUUAUUGCUUCUGCUGCAGAACAAAAGCUACCCCAAGACCUCCCUUCCUGCAGCUGACCAUGAGAUGACAGAGUCACCCCAGGAGCCCAGGCCAAGCAAGAACCGCACUGUCUUGCAGUAUGAGUUGAAGCCAGGGGAAAUUGUAUCAGCCAGCAUGGUUUUUGGAGUACUGUGGAUAAUUUCCAUCUUUGGAAACUCCCUCGUUUGCUUAGUGAUCCACAGGAGCAGGAGGACGCAAUCAACCACCAACUAUUUUGUUGUCUCCAUGGCUUGUGCAGAUCUUCUCAUCAGUGUUGGAAGUGCACCAUUUGUGCUGCUUCAGUUUACAGCAGGCAGGUGGACACUGGGGAAUGCGAUGUGCAAACUGGUAAGGUAUAUUCAGUAUUUCACUCCCGGAGUCCAGAUAUAUGUGCUCCUCUCCAUAUGUGUGGAUCGAUUCUACACUAUUGUCUACCCACUGAGCUUCAAGGUGUCAAGAGAGAAAGCCAAGAAAAUGAUUGUAGCAGCUUGGAUCUUUGAUCUUGCAUUUACAUCACCCGUUUUCUUUUUCUAUGGCUCCAAUGAGGAUGACCAUUGCAACUUUUUUCUCCCAGGUUCUUGGGAAGGAGCCAUCUACAGUAUUAUCCAUCUCUUGGUGGUGUUUUUGACCCCAUCCAUCCUCAUUAUCCUAUUCUACCAAAAGGUCAUUAAGUACAUUUGGAGAAUAGGCACUGAUGGCAGGACUGUUAGAAGAACAAUGAAUAUUGUCCCAAGAACGAAAGUGAAAACAAUCAAGAUGUUCUUAAUGUUAAAUUUAGUGUUUCUCCUGUCCUGGCUCCCAUUUCAUGUGAUACAACUGUGGCACCCAGAGGAAACAGACUACAGAAAAAGUUCCUUGGUUUUCAUGGCUAUCACAUGGAUCUCUUUCAGUUCUUCAGCUUCUAAGCCAACCCUGUAUUCAGUGUACAAUGCAAACUUCAGAAGAGGGAUGAAAGAAACGUUUUGCAUGUCCUCCAUGAAAUGCUACAGAAGCAAUGCAUACACCAUCACCACCAGCUCAAGGAUAGCAAAAAAAAAUUAUGUCGGGAUCUCAGAAAUCCCAGCACCAGCCAAAACUGUAACCAAAGACUCAAUCUAUCAUUCAUUUAACAGAGAAGCAAAAGAAAAAAAGCUUGCCUGGCCUAUUCAUUCAAAUCCUCCAAAUACAUUUGUCUAAUUGGCUUAAUAUAUUUUAAUGGUGAUUAUGUACCAUCAGAACAAAAAACUUGAUCUCCUUUUUGAACCAAUGUAAACACACUUGUUUUUACAACAACUUUUAGAGAGAGAGAGAAAAAAAAAGAUAUUUUAUUAAAUGCAUUGAUUUUGAUGUAUCUAGUCUAUAUAAUUUCAGCUACAUUUUUCUUCUGUAAGUACUCUCCCUGAAUCACAAGCAUAUUUGCUUUUUUACAAAAAAAGCAAAGCUCUUGCAUUUUCUGUUU